UAUAUAGGCGAAACAAAAAGAAAGUUUAAGCAACGAGUACAAGAACAUAUGCGCGCAGUGAGAAACGGAGAUAUAAAGAAAAACUAAAUUGCGGACCACAGGUGGAGCAGAAGUCAUCAGUUUAAUUGGGAUGAGAAGAAAAUCAUUGACAGAGAAUCCAGAACAACGGCCAGGAAGACUAAAGAAACCAUCAACAGUGUAGAACGUAACAAACACAUAAACAGCAUCUCGUAUCAACUUCCUGAGAUUUGGUUACCAGCCCUACAGAAAAAGUAGUUACCUACAUCCAGGUCCGAAAAUGUUAAUUACCGUAAUUAACUGUAAUUAUCAGCUCGUUUCUGAUUGGUUAAUUUUUAUGAAUUUCGAUCUUCUGUAAUUAUAUAAAUACAUGCGCAACAUCAUUUUACUCUGUCCGACGAUGGGAGAAGGAUCUCCCGAAACGCCGCCUACUAAACUAUCAUGUUCAAGAAAUGAUAAACUUUCCACAGUUAUAUUCAUUUUGCAUUUUACUGAAAAGUAUGUCCCAAUUAAGGGGUGUAUCAUGUGACGCAGUUUAGUUCGUGCUGAUCAGUGAAUUUAAUUUACGAGAGAGACUGAAAUUCUGAAAGAAAGCUUAGUCAACUAAGCUAAUACUUUCAUGCAACAUUACGGAACAAGCUACAACGAACCUUUCACCCUGCUUAUUAAAAUGAACAAAAACCAGUGAACCUGAACUAGAGUGCCAGCAUCUCACUUGAUAAAAAAGCGCUCGUGUUUAAAGUUACAUUAUUUGGAAGGUUUACUCUUUGAGUUCGGACUGUAUUGGUAUAUUGGCAGUCUGCUGACAGACAUGAAAAGAUAUCUUGGUGUUCAGGUGCUCUUGUUAAUUGGUUUCCUGAUAUGUCCAUAUACAACUGCUGCAAAAACACUAGGUGAACCUGAUGACUUUGAAGGGUCUAACGAUGCUGAAGAUACUGACGAAAUUGAAAACACUGAUGAUGACGAAAAGGAAAACGACGAAGAUGAUGACAAUGAUGAUGAAGAAAUCAGCGCUUCACCUGAGUUGAACCUUAACCAUGAUAAAGGAUUGACUCAAGGCGAUAUGCGGUUAGAUCCAGAGCAAAAAUCGUUAUUUGAAGGCGACAAGAGUGAUGAUAGCAACAAAAGAGCUGUCAGUAAGAGUCAUCUUUGGAAGAAUAACACUGUUUACUACAAAUUUAGUCAGGGUUUCAAACCCGAAACAAAAUCUGCAAUUAAAAAUGCAAUAAAGGAGUGGCAAAAGACAUUUAAAGGCUGUCUUGCGUUUGUGCAUUUAAAAAACAGCGAAUCUUUAAUGAAGAAUAUCAGCAGCAAAGAGUUUUGGGAAAAAAUGGUCCCUCAUAUCUUCUUCUCAAGCCACAAAAUAGGAUGUUGGUUAGGAGAUGGUAUUCUUCCUGGUCAGCAAAUCUUGUCUGUUGAUGAAUCUUGUGGUGAUAAAGGAACUGUCAUGCGUCUAAUUGGACAAGCUGUUGGAUUGGAAAAUGAAAUCAACAGGCCAGAUCGAAGUAAAUUUAUAGAAGUUCUUGAGAAAAACAUAUAUGACUUCAUGAACGAUAUUUUUGAAAUAUCGAAAGACAUUGACAGCAUGGGAUAUCCAUUUGACUUUUGGUCAAUUAUGAAUCUCGCACCAACAUUUGGUUCCAAAAAUAAAAAGCCAACAAUUGAAGUUCAAAAAAAAUAUCGGUACCUACAAACUGAUCUUGGUCAACGAAGCUAUUUAUCCUUUCUUAACAUUGCUCGAGUCAGAGCUAUGUACAAGUGUAAUAAAAUUCCAAGCCCGGAAAGCAAAAAUGUUUGCGUUAGCAAAGCUACUAAAGGUCGUGAUUACAGAGGCAAGUUGGAUUACACAGAAGAAGGAGUAACGUGCCAACCCUGGAACAUGAAGUAUCCACAUCGUCAUGACUACGAUUCGAGUAACCAAGCCGACGGGCUUGGUAAGCAUAAUUAUUGUCGUAACCCAGGUGGCAAAAGAGAGCGACCAUGGUGUUUCACAACAUUAAUGGAUACUGAAAAGCAAUACUGCGAUCUGAAAAUUUGCAAGGAAAAUGAAAGUGAAUAAGAAGCAAGCGUCGAAGACAGGAAGCGGAAUAUUUGCUUGUUUAUUUAUUUUUAAGUAUUGUAAUAUGCAAUUGUCUGAAAAAUCCUGAAUCAUUAAAUUGUUUUUUAUUUCAGAGAAGGGUUUUUUCCCAGCGUGGUUAAUGUUCUGUUGCGGAUAAUAAAACUAUAAAGCUUAAAAAAUUUCUAGCCAAAUUUGCACAAACAUGGCGUUAGGGGCUAAACAUUUAAAAACCAGUCAAAGAUUGAAUUUCUUACUUGAAGACGUGGCCCGUUUACUUGGAAAAUUCCACCAUAAUAAAAAACAGGAAAAAAACUUAAUGAUUAAAUUAACUUAAACUAGCCGAAUUCCCGUGGAAGAAUCCACUGAAUCUCUCAUCGAGUCCAUAUGAUGGCUGCCAAAUAAAAACAAAGAACACAGUAAUUUGAAUUUUUAAAAGUCAAAAUUUGCAUUAUUCUAUAUCUAUAACCGCUGAAACAAAACGUCCAAAAAGUAAGCAUGUGCGGCAAUAAAAAAAAAUUAAAAAAAGUGAGACAAAAAGCCCUGGGAUUGAGGUUGCUCACAAUCUGCAUUAUACAGAACGUUUAAAAAUAUAAGCAGGUCCAACAACAAAAUAAAAAUAAA